CUGAACGUCUACUUUCGCUUCAGGUUGGCCAAGCGACUACAAUACCUAGCCUGGGUUACCUUCCCUUACCAUUUCAUUACCGGUACUCUUGUUGUGCAGAGUACGCUUGGAACCAGACAACUACAAUACCUGGUUUUCUUUUUGUUAUCUCUCAUGUCUAUGCGGGCUACGAUAAUCAUUAAAACAUGAUAACGUGAAACUAAUUUGUGCCCAAUAAGUGAUAACGGUUUUCACAAAGGGAAACUUGGUUUUCGGAAUAACGUGCUUCUUUGUUCGGGCUGGCCGGCUUGGCGUCAAAUUCACCUAUGGUAUCAAAUCAAUGAAUCAGGUUUGACAUAAUUGUAGUACACAAACUUGGUAAUCAUGAAGAGUGUAUUGAGACCUUUCAUCGGAUUGCGUUUUUGGGUCCCUUGGAUCAAGGUCACUAUCACCAUAAAUAGGAAAAGGGUUGGUUCUAAAUAACUUUAGUUAGGGUUUACAUAUUGUGACCAAACUUGGUAUAUAGGAAAAGUUUAUAGAGACCUUUCAUGGGAUUUUGUUUCGGGCCCCGAGAGUCGUGGUCAAGUUCAAGGUCACUGUUGCUUUAAAAAUGGUAAGCACUGAAUGACCUAUGUUAGGGUUCACAUAUUGUGACCACACUUGGUAUGUAGGAAGAGUUUAUGGAGGACUUCCAUGGGAUUGUAUUUGAGGCUCCUAGGGUCAAGGACAAGGUCACUGUUACUAAAAAUAAGGAAACAAAGUUGAGACUGAACCUCACAACAAAGUCCGAAGUUCUUCUGUCAAUCAUUGAAUAACUGUUUUUUUCGCAUCGUGGCGUUUCUUGUUUACUUUUGUUGCUUUUGACAGGCACAUAUUACAUCAUUAUUGUGUUAUUUUUUAAGACAAAGCGGCGUGAAGUCGAGCGCGCUGUCUUACGAGAGCUCUCGUUUAUUAAUUAUUGAUUAAAAAUAUUACCAGCGACUAGUUACAUAUUCGUAUUAUAGCACUUUAAACGUUUUGGAUAGUAAUGAUACAGUUAUAUAACGUUUAUUCAUUAUGAACCAGUUUAAGGUAACAUGCCGAAAGAAAAGAAAGAGGGUAACCAUGGAAAAUCAAGGCAGUCCGUUGCUUUACUUGGACCUACUGGACUGGUUUCCGCGGAACUUCUGGAUCAUGUUAGAACUAAGAUGACAUCCGACUUUAUGAGGGACCAUCUGCAAAGUCUACAAAAUGAUAUGCAACAAAGGGUCUUACAAAGUCAAAAUUGCAUGGCAACUCUUAAAAAUACACGAGGUUUUGCAGAUUCUGUCGUGGCAAAUAGGUAUCUGAUAGCCUUUGACUACUUCUUCAUGGGUUGGACAACACUUCUCAAUUAUCCAAAAACCUCGGUUGAUAAUGAAAAUGACUGUAAACAAAUAAUGGAUGGAAUCCACAACUAUGCGUGUGGUGCUAUUCUUGUUGGACAUAUGGCCAGUCAGUUUCCAUUAUCCGGAUCAAUUAUUGAUAUUUUCACAAACUACCUGAGGGUUUGUCCAAAUGAUUUUCUAGCGGAAUUCUUAAAACUUAAGUGUGAACUCAGCAGAUCCAUUGGAGACGAAGAUGUUGACAGCUCAAAGGAUUAUGCGGCCACAAAGACGAAUAUAAGAAGUCUUGAGUUAUUUGCCCAUAAGUUAGAGACAUACAAAGACGUUGACAUGGGAAAGUGUACUUUGAUUGAUACCUACUUGAAACUGGCGUCUCUGUAUGCUGUUUCGGAUCAAAGUGAAAGAUCAAGGUAUCUUUUCCAGCUUUGUCAUGACCUUGACCCUGCAAACGUCGAGGCCAUGUAUGGCAUUGCUUAUCAUUGCUGGCGUACUGACCCAGAGAAAGCCAAAGAGCAUCUUACGAAGUUCAUCGAUACUGCACAUAUACAUCAGGACCACAGUCCACAAGUUAGAUACCUCUUGGGUAUUAUUCACAGAGUAUUUGGAAACAACGUCAGCCUUGCAAGGAAAUAUUACGCACUUGGUGAAGAAGCUGAAAACAAAAUACUACCCUUUAAUGACAAGACACCGCAUCAUUUCAAGCGGUUUCUAAAUUUAAUGAUUAAAGCUGGUCUUCAUGAGGACUUACAAAGCAUUAUAAGUUUGAUGUGAGAUGUCAUCAUUUUUGUUUAAAUCGAAAAUAACCUUUAUAGGAUUACGGCGAAGACUACCAUUUGACAUUCGUAUAAUAUAUCUCAUUCGGUAAAAACAAACCAUUCGUAGCUAGAACUCAGUCGAAUCUUUUUAUGUGACAGAUAAUUAUUGAAAUCGUAUUUCUUUUCGAACAAUUUAGUAAAACUGGGUUCUAUUAUGUCAAAAUAUGGUCAUAUUUUUCAAUAUGUGAAGACCGUUAUAAUCACACAUUUUAGACUUAUUUCAGUUAUACCUUAAUAAUAUUAGUGUUUGCCCUACAUUUACAGCCAAUCAUGGGCGCUAGAUUUUUUUUAAUGUUUAGUUCCUUAUCUGUGAAGAAUCGUAACUAUUUCCUGAAGACGACUCUUCAUGAUUAAGUUAAUUGCUAUAACUGCGCAUGCCUGGUGUUUGGCAUAUAUGAAGAAAGUUUAUUCAAAAGCAAUAUAUGCCAAGGCGCAAUUUCAGUGUCAUCGCUUUGCUCUCUUAGGUAACUUAUUUACGAAGAAAUUACUUAAAGAUGCACCCUUACUUCCAAAUUAGUUAUACCCCAAUUAAUACAAUUGUUUUAAUUUACUGAAAAGGAGAGUAAAUGUCGAAAACAAUGGUUCUUACUUCGUAAACUAUAACACUGUUUGAAUCCAAUAAUCCAUGUACAAUAUUUAUUCUUAAUUCUGUUAAACGGGACUAUCUGGUCUUUAAAUAUUUGAUACACUCGAAUAUAUGUUAUGUCUUUGAAUACUCAAAUUGAGCCUCUGAAUCGUAUUGUCUUUAUCAAUUACCUUAUUUUGUUCAUGUUGUGUAUGAAUUUGAGUAAAUAAAUGUGUUGAUUUGACUUGACUUGAAGGAUACCUUGUUG